AUGCUUCGUUCACUUAUGCUAGCAGUGGUUAUGCUGCAACACAGCAACCUGGCGUUGGAACAAAUAUGUUCGGCGAGGUAUCCGCAUUGGCAAACGAAUCUGCUGCUUGAGCACAUCGUACGUCGAUAUGCACACGAAGAGACAUUUGUUGAUUAUUCUACAGGUCAACACAGUGCUCGUAAAGUGAUCAGUGAGGCGAAUGUUUUGAUGAUCGAUAAUCGUCAGUUGUAUUUACAACCAACGUUUGCAAAGGGAGAGUGUACCUACCGUUUCGAGUCAAAACAUCUCUUUAGAAUACCGAUCUAUAUUCACGUUUCACCGAAUGAAGAGGCUUAUCCAUUUAAUCGACUCCAUUUCAAGUGUCCACCGGAUACUGUUUGUUGUGGCUUAUUUUGCUGUCCUCAAGUCACACGUAUUAUUCAGGAGAAAUUCAUAGCCAUAUCAUCACCUCCUACGGAUUCAAGUGACUUUCGACGAAUCAGUGAUGAUUCACUUCUCGUACACGAUGAAAUUAUUUACUCGUUAAGAAAACUGCAUCAGACACGAGUCAUUGAACGGAUCAGCUGUAUUUAUUACCUUGGUGAUGAGGAUCCAUUACGUCGUAUUGCACGUCUUACCACGGAGCAACCGGUCAGUGUUCAAAUUCUUUUACAACUCUUUGUUACUGAUAAUCCUUUGCUCUACUUCGCACAAGUCUUAUCAUUAAUUAUUAAAGCAACUGCAACAUUCUAA